GUUCCUGGAUGCAUCUCACAUCGAACAGGACAUGAUCAUGAAGCUCUCGUUUGGGACCGUAUUCGGUCUGCUUGCUGCAGCCAAUGCAGCGAGUCUUGCGCCCGACGCUCUCCAGCAGAUUCUGGGAGCCUCAUCCGAGUCCGACCAGCCCAACUUUAUCUUUGUCAUCACCGACGACCAGGAUCUCAAGCUCGACUCGAUCGAUUACAUGCCAUUGAUGCUGAAACACCUCAAGCAAAAAGGGACAUUUUUCCGCAACCACUUCGUCACUACGGCGCUCUGCUGCCCGUCGCGCGUGAGCCUGUGGACUGGCCGCCAGGCGCACAACACAAACGUCACAGACGUCAGUCCGCCGUAUGGCGGCUAUCCCAAGUUUGUGGAUCGCGGGUUCAACGACAACUUCCUGCCGGUGUGGCUGCAAAACGCGGGGUAUGACACGUUCUACACGGGCAAACUCUUCAACGCACACACCGUCGACAACUACCACAGCCCACACGUCAACGGCUUCAAUGGGUCGGAUUUCCUCCUGGAUCCAUACACCUACUCGUAUCUGAACUCCACCUACCAGCGAAACCAGGAUGCGCCUGUCAGCUACGAGGGGCGACAUACAAUCGAGGUCAUCACCGAGAAGGCGUUGGGCUUCCUGGACGAUGCGCUCGCGGGCGAGAGACCGUUCUUCCUCACUGUUGCACCCGUCGCGCCUCACUCCAAUGUAGAUCCUGGUGCAGUCGAUGCCGUGGUGCCGCCAGUCAUGACCGAGCCGAUCCCAUUGGAUCGCCACAAGGACCUCUUCGACGGCGUUACAGUCCCGCGCACAGAACACUUCAACCCGGACGAACCCAGCGGGGUGAACUGGAUCCGGAAUCUCCCCAAGCAGGACGAGGAUACUGUCGCUUACCACGACCUCUUCUACCGUAGGCGGCUGCAGGCCCUUCAAGGCGUCGAUGAGCUGGUCGAUUCCCUCGUCACGCGGCUUGAGGCCAGUGGGCAGGCGGACAACACGUACAUCAUCUAUACAUCCGACAACGGCUACCAUAUUGGGCAGCACCGCUUGCCUCCAGGGAAGACCUGUGGCUUUGAGGAGGAUAUUCGGGUGCCGCUCAUCAUUCGUGGACCUGGGGUUGCGGCUGAUGAGACCCAAGACACGGUUACCACACAUAUCGAUCUUGUUCCGAGCAUCUUUGAUCUUGCGGGGAUUCCAUUGCGCGAGGACUUUGACGGGACCCCUAUUCCGGUGCGCGGCGAUGCACAUUCCGCGUAUCAGCGACACGAGCAUGUCACAGUCGAAUAUUGGGGAUUGGGAUACCUCGAAGGGGAAAAGGGCGCUCUAUCCAACCCAAAUCACACCCCGAUCAUUCUGAACAACACAUACAAGUCGGUUCGAAUCAUCGGCGAGAACUACAACCUGUACUACUCCGUCUGGUGCAACAACGAGCACGAACUCUAUGAUCUGACUGCCGACCCAUACCAGCUGAACAACCUCUACUCGUCACCUGAAGCAGCGCAGGACACCGAGGUUGAACUGCUCGGGUAUAGCCUGUCACAGGUCAUCACACGCCUAGACUCCAUCCUUCUUGUUCUCAAAUCAUGCAAAGGCUCCACAUGCAUCAAGCCAUGGGAUGUGCUGCACCCAGACGGGAAAGUCCAGAACCUGCAGGAUGCGUUGGGCUCGCAAUAUGACGGAUUCUAUGCCAGCCAGGCACGGGUCUCGUACGACCGCUGCGAGCGGGGGUACAUUGUAGAGUCAGAGGGCCCACAAGAGGCACUGUCAUACUCGCGGUACGGGCUGAGCUGGGACGCGUGGGUAUAGAAGGAGCAAACUACUCCUGCAAAGUAAAUAGAACGCCAAGUCAGUCCGCUUGAAUAGUCUACUAUAAGCGAGGCGGAAGAUAAUAAAAUGCCCUCCUCCGCUUACGAAGAAAGUAGAAAUCCUCCACUUUCAGCGUAAAAGCCCACGAUCAUUGGAGAAAAGAGCUGGUGGCAUAACCUCCGCACGCGAAGACGGCAUUUUGCGCGUGGGUAACUUGCAGAAGCCCCACUGGUUAGUCUGAGAUCGAUAAGACGCUUGACGAGUCAAGAUCUGGGCUCAGCGUGGCCGAUGAUUGCGCCAUAGCGGCUUCGAUUGUCGACACCACCAAAACAUGGCAUGGC